AUGUCGGACACGGCUCUCCAGAGCUUCGAGCUGCUGGGCCCCAGUGCGGUGGCGCUGUCAUGGCUGGGCCUCUGGAGGCCUCCCGGUGGCCGCAGGCCGGGCUUCCGGCUGCUGGGGGCCGCCUUCGUAACCGCCGUCAACGUCUCAGCGUGCCUCAACUCGGGCACGCAGAUGCUCGUCGACACACCGACCGAUCCCGCAGUUUUCCGCGAGGUCUUCUUCCUGUGCACCUGUACUUUCUCUUGGACCAUCAGGUUGGUGACGUUCAUGCUGUACCGCAAGCGACUUCAGCAUAUGGUGCUGAGUCUACUGGAUGCGAGGAGGUUAUACCCAGACAAUGGUGCAGGUGUCCGGGAGAAGUACAGCAGGACUGCCGGCACUGUGUGGAAGCUGUGGCAGACGCUACCAGCGGUGACGGUGAUGCUGUGGAUGGGAGACCCACUCAUUCGGACCCUAACGUCGUCACAAGCGGACAACAGCACCAGGCCGCUCAUCUUCUGGCUUCCCGUCGACGUGCAACACUCGCCCGCCUAUGAAAUCACGUACGCCAUCCAGGCUGUUGGCGCAGGGGCAGCUGGGGAGACGAGCAUCCUACUGGACGUUUUCUUCGUCGUUCUCUUAACCCAUGCAGCAUCUGAACUAGCAGUCCUGAACAAGAAUAUCGAAGGAAUCGGACAUUCGAAGCUUCGCGACGGAGUAAAUGAAGGAGAGAGGGACAUGAGUGCACAACUUCAAGAAAGUCGCACUGAUGAAAUGAGUAGAUCACAACCAAGCUACACGUUCAAUGGGUGUUUACCUGCGCCCGUGAUCAGUGUAGACAGUAGCGGGAACCUCUUCUUCCUGAAUAGAGAUGACAAGCGCUGGACUCUGUACAGCACUUUAGUGAAGAACAUUCGACAUCAUCAACUUAUAAUAUCGUAA